AGUUGUUUUGUGCUACGUGUUCCACAAUUCAUCUUCCUUUGACUCGCUAAAAUCACCACAUUUUCCCUCAAAAUGAGCUUUUUCAGCCGUGUUUUGGGAGGAAAUACUCCAGAAAAUCAACAAUCAGGAGCAGAUACGAUUGCCAAGAUAUGUGACCGGGUGCAGUCAUCUACUCUCCUGGAUGACAGACGAGAUGCAGUCCGUGCUCUCAAGGCCCUCUCAAAGAAAUAUCGGCUUGAGGUGGGUACCCAGGCCAUGGAUAUUUUGGUGAAUGUACUGGAAACAGACCGCAGUGAUGCAGAGAUAACUGGCUAUGCUCUGGAUACACUCUUCAAUCUCCUGUCUGCCUAUAUAGAAGAGGAUGAACAAAAUGAAGAUCUCCCCAAUGGGGAUGUGAGGGACCCCGAGGAACUGAAGCUAUGUGUACAGUUUGCUGAAAUAUUCAUCAAGAACCCGAAUAAUAUUCCUCUUGUCCUUGGCUUGCUAGAGGACUAUGAAUUCCGAGUGAGAUGGCCGGCCAUUAAACUCUUAACCACCCUGCUCUCCUACCAAGCCAGUCAGGUCCAGCAGUAUGUCUUAGGUAGCCCCAUGGGUGUGUCCAAGAUGAUGGACUUACUCUCAGAUAACAGAGAGGUCAUUCGGAAUGAUGGUCUACUGCUGCUUAUCCAGCUGACCAAGGGAAACGCCAACAUCCAGAAGAUUGUGGCCUUUGAGAAUGCGUUUGAGCGUCUGCUGGAGAUCAUGUCUGAGGAAGGAGGCAGCGACGGUGGCAUAGUGGUGGAGGACUGCCUCCUGCUGCUCAUCAAUCUUCUCAAGAAGAAUAGUUCCAAUCAAUCCUUCUUCAAGGAAGGAGGCUUGAUCCUGCGCAUCACACCCUUCUUCAAUAUCCAGAAAGAUUCGUCCUGGUCCGCCCAGAAGGUCAACAAUGUCCAUCUCAUGUUACAGGUUGUGCGCAUCCUUGUUGCCCCGAGCAACCCGCAGCAAGCAACAGGAGCCUGUCAGAAGGUGAUCCAUCAGUGUGGUCUUCUGAAGUUUCUUUGUGAUGUUCUCAUGGCCAGUGGAGUUCCAGCUGAUAUUCUAACAGAGACAAUCAACACUGUAUCAGAGGUGAUCCGUGGUUGCCGUGUCAACCAAGACUUCUUUGCCGCAGUCAGCGCUCCUUCAAACCCCCCUCGGCCGGCCAUUGUGGUUCUUCUGAUGUCCAUGGUCAAUGAGAAACAGCCCUUCUUGCUACGAUGUGCCGUUCUUUAUUGCUUUCAGUGUUUCCUCUACAAGAACGAGAUCGGUCAGGAGCAGAUCAUUGCCACACUCUUACCAGCAACUGCCGAUGUAUCAGCAGUGACAGCAGGCCAGCUUCUCUGUGGGGGCCUCUUCAGCACAGACCCCCUGUCCAACUGGUGUGCAUCCGUGGCCCUGGCCCACGCUCUCAAGGACAACCCGACCCAGAAGGAGCAGCUCCUCAGGGUACAGCUGGCCACCGGGUUGGGGAAUCCCCCAGUAUCACUCCUCCAGCAAUGUACAAACCUCAUGGCACAGCCCUCAGUAAAGUUCCAGACAAGGCUUGGUCUAUUGAUCCUACUAAGUUCCUGGGUUGCUCAUUCACAACUAGCUGUCUCGCAUUUCUUAGGCCAUCCUGGAAACGUGCCAUUUCUAACAUCACAAGUUGCAGAGGAUGCUGAUGAGCAAGAGGUUUUGGUCCAAGGACUCUGUGCUUUCUUGCUCGGAAUCUGCACACAGUUCAACGACAACUCAAAUAAGAACUUCACCAAAGAGAGUCUUCAGCAGAUAAUUGCCAAACGUAUCGGUGUUGAGACGUUCAUUGAGAAGCUAGAAGCAGUGUCCAAACACGAGAGCUACACGCAAGCAGCCAAGAAACCUCAGCUGAAAUUCGACUCGAUAGACAAGGUCCUCUUCGACUACGAGUUCACAGCUCUAUUCAAGGUGCUGGAAAUUUCUGUGAUCAAGGCAAUUCAAGUCGGUGAUGAUUCGGAUGCAAAGAAGACGGUAGACGACCAUAAUUCAAUCGUAACACAGUAUAAAGACAUCAUCAGAGAUCAGGAUACCCACUUGGGUGAGCUGAAGAUAUCAAAUGAAGAGUUAACAAGAGAAUAUAGGAAGUCACAAUCUCUGCUUGUGGAACAGUCGAGUCAGAUUCAACAACUAAGAGAUCAAUAUGUCCUACUCAAAGCUCAACAUGGUAACCAAACAGGCCAAGGGGAUGGAGCUGAAAGCAACGAGGGCCAGACGCUAGAAACGACAGGGUCAUCGGAGGGCAGUGCAGAGCACAAGAAACAAUUAGCAACACUUGAACAAUCAUUAGAAGACAAGGAAAAGGAGCUGGAAGAAUUGAGAGGAAGAUUAGCAUCCACACAAUCAGCUGAUAAUGUAGACUCCAGUGCAGCUCAGAAUGACGAUUCAGAGGUGACAUCCCUCAAGACGAGACUAGAACAGCAGAUAGAACUUGCAGAAAAAUACAGGUUACAGAAUGAAGAAGUUACCUCUCAGCUGCAACAAGCCGGCAGUGGUAAUGACAACAGCGCCCUCUUGGCUGAGAAGGCAGCCAUGUCAACAAAGAUGACCGAUCUGGAGGUGAGGCUAUCGAAGCUAGAGACGGACAACGCAAGGUUAAGCAAUGAGAACAAGGAGCUGAGCGGGGCUAAAGAUACGAUGGAGACACAGUUGAGGGAAGCUUCAGCCAAGGCAGCUAAUCCUGAAAUUGCAAUAGCUCUUCAGAGAGUACAGCAAGAGAGAGAUGAACUAACACAGGAGGUCAAGAGGUUAGAGGUUGAGAAGGAAGGUUUAGAGGGCGAUGUCAAAGGUGUUCGUCAGGAGAUGGAUGAUCUCUUGGUGUUACUCACAGAAACAGACGAGAAGAAAACUAUUUACAAGCAGAAACUCGAAGAUCUCAAUCAAGAGGUUUCCGACAAUGAACUGGAGGUUGAAGAAGGAGAGGAGGAGGACGAUGAUGAUGAGGAUUACGAGGGCGAAGAGGAAGACGGGCAAGCGUGAUUUAACAACAAACAUUUUCAGAGUGGAUAGAUUGAUACUGAACAAUUCUACUGUAGAUAAAGCUACAUUGCCUGAGACACUAGUGGAGAAUAGUGGAGAGAGGAGAAUAGACGCAUUGUUGUUGAGCCGUCUUCAUCUUUUUCUACUUUGAAUAUGAUUCAAUGCAAAAUUUAUUUAAAUAUUAGAUUACUGUUUAUUAUUUGUUUACAAUUUAUUUAGUAUGUUUAAGCAAGGUCAUGACAACAUGAAUUUGUAUAAUAUGAGAGUAUUUUCAAAGUUCUUUGUGAUUAUAUUUGGUAGGUGAAGGUAGUUGGUCAUUCACAAGCUCCAUUCCAGAGUAGACACUGUAAAUUUUCUCUGUGUAAACAAUAUUUCCCUCACAAUUUUCUUGCUGCCAAGUUAUUUUGGACCCAUUUUGGUUCAUUAAUUGCAAAUGUGUGAAACUACUUUUAAGAUUUGAUAAAGAGGUGCCCUUCUUUAGCCAAACGAUUGUAUAUUUAUCAAUAUCGAAAAAGAAAUAUAGAGAUAUUUUAUAUAGCCAAAAUAUGUAUUGUGGGUAUACGUAAACAGGGCCAUUAAAUAAAUACAUACACCUAGGUAGAUAGGUAUUACUGCUUUGACAUGAAAUUGAAAUUCAUUUUCUAAGUAAUCUUUUGAUUUAUACAUUCAAGACUUUUCAACAAGAUACUAAAUAUACUCUUUGUGUUCUACCAUUCAAACAACAUGUGUCUGUGUGACCUCAUUCUGGCCUGUAUUCCCAGGUUCCUUUCCUCAACAAAACACAAAAUCACAAAACUAACACGCUCAGUUCUUGGUUAGUAGAAGCCAUGUUGAGUCUCACAUAGUCUUGUAUCGAGACUUCCAAGUUAGACAUACUUGUAUUUACAUCUCGUCACAGUCUUCAGAUUAUUUGUUGCAGCGACACUGUUUAUAAUAGUAGUUCAGUGUUUCUUGACAAGUGCACUGAAAUGAUUAUUCAUGAUUUUAGUGAUACCCUUUAAGUGCAAUGCAUUGUGACUGAAACCUUGUUGUGAUUUAUACAUGUAUAAUGCAAUGAAUUUCAACUUGAUCGACCUUCCUGUAUUGAAUGUAGAUGUAUAUUGGUGCUUGCAUCCAAUUUAAUGUUUUUCUGUUCUGUAUUUCUUCUGUGAGAAUGUCUCUUUAAUAAGCCGAGUAUGAUUAUGACUUGGAGAUUUAGCAGUUGAUUUGGGUUAUACAAUCAAAUACAAAUAAAAAUUGGUGUGGAAUGUCUACACCCAAAUUUAAAAUGUUUAAUAAUAGGUUUUAAUUGGAUUGAUUUGAUUUAAUUUUUUUGGAUAUGAUUCAUUUUUGUUUAUUGGUCAAGUAUUCUUAUAGUUUUUGGAGAUGGAUUUCUGCCUCUUUAAAAAUAUCGUUUCCAGUUCUUCAAAGUUUGGCUUAUAGGGUAAAGGAUUUAAUAUGAUUAAGGAUAAGUCUGUAUCAAUUGUUGGAUAAACUGGAAAUUUGUGAUGCUAUCUGCGGUUAUACUGUUCAAUACAUAUAUAAUCAUCCAAAAUUUGGUUUAUAUGAGGUUCCAAAUAUGGAGAACAAGGAAUUCACUACAACUGCUGUCUGUAUAAAGUCAAUCUGAAUUAUAUCGCAUUUUACAAGAAAAAAAAUGAAAUCACAUUACUGCCCUUCUUUCUCAAAAUCUUAAAAGGACUGAUAAUGACUGUGAAAAUCUGCAGGCAAUGAUGUAGGUUUCCUAUGCUAAUCAAGUCUAAUUGAAUUCUCAACUUCAACUUUUGAAGUUUGCAUAGAACCAAUGUGCUCCUGUGUAUAGUAGUUGAAAUAUUGAGACCAGAAUUUUGGAUACAGAUCGAUUAUAUCUCAAGUGCAGCUCCCAAAGGCAGCAAGAUGUUACUAGCACAAUUGUUUUGACUGGGCAACGAUACACUUUACCUCCAGUGGUUUUGUUUUGUUUUUUAUUCUUUUUUGUAGGGGGGGGGGGGGGGUAUGUUACAUUGUUGGUUAAUUUCUUUUCUUUUCUUUAAAUGAAAUAAUUCAUAUAAUUUCGCAUUGCUUUUGAACAAUGCCAAUUUGUAUUCUGCGUUUCUAUUUAUUUGAUACAAUUGAAUAUAUGGUUUUGUUGCUGCUUUCACAUUAUAAAAUAUUCUAUUCACAAGUUAUCAUUUUGCCUUUUUCUUUUCUCAUGAUUUUCAUGUUAAGAUGUAGAAUGCUUUAUGCAUGAUAAAAGCUAUGAACAUAAAAAAAAACAUACAAAAUAUAGGUGAAUUCUUAAGAACUUGCGAACCAAUUUUUGUAUUGAUUUUUAUACAGAGGCAUAUGUGUGAACAGAAAUAAUUCUGUAACAGGCUAAUCCUAUGGUUGAAGUAAACUUGUACUACAGAUAUUUUUCUAAUGUGGUAUGAUAAUGUUUUUAUUCCACUGCAGAAACGAUUCAUUUCUUGAUUUCAAAAUCUCUUGAGAUAAAUUGUUAGUGUCUACUUAUAAAGUAAAGUGUAUGUUUUAUGUCAGUCUUGUAAUGUUUAUUGCAAAAGAAAUAUAUAGAGAGGAUAAUCAUAUAA